ACAGAACACCCGUGUUAUAAAGACUGUCGUUGCCCCGCCAAUACGCAAGGGUAAACAAGUUACAUUCAUUCAUGCUUUAUCCACAGUGGUCACAAGAUGUUCGAUACUUUUUCUUCUACCGAACAUUCACCGUUCUUUACACAUGGACAUGGUUGAUGGUCGAUAUCGUGCACAACACGGAUCCACGCUACUUGUCUUAUCUUACCAACUGGUCACAGAUAAAUAUGGUCGCCUAUUUCACAUCGUCGUUUGUAUUGCUGGUCGCUCACGUGACACGGAAGAAAACUACGUCACGCCCUACGUCACCCCAGAAUGAUUUAGAACAGAACCAAGUCGAUAUGGCUACUGUGGGCGGUGUAGAGGCCUCUAUCAACUUUGAUGGCAGCCCAAAUCAUCGUCUUCGGUUUUAUCACGUCAUAGUGUGGGUUCUUCUUAAUACUUACGUCACAAUCGCUUUCGGGGUGACGCUUAUUUACUGGGUUGGUGCGUCUCAGAAUUUAGUCGGUGGCACAACAUCUAUUAUCAGCGUCAAUCUGCACGUGCAUGCAAUAAAUAGUGUCCUGGCGUGCAUGGAACUCAUAUCAACAUGUCUACCUAUUCGUAUAAUGCAUUUUUAUCAACCCGUGCUUUUCGGUGUCGCCUACACUAUAACGAAUUUGUCUCUCCAUUGGUCUGACACUAUCUCAGACGUGUAUAGUAUUCUAGACUGGGAAAAUAACUCAGCAAACGCAAUAGCGUUUACUAUUGGUAUUUUAGUAGUUGCUAUACCAUUGCUACACUUUAUUUCGUAUUGUUUUUACCGCAUUCGACUCAUGUUAUUUUUGUAUUUUGUAAAACGUAAACCCAGUUUAGAAAUACCAUCUAACGCAGUUUAGUUUCUGCAAGAAAUGUAAUAUAUUCGCGUGGGAAAGACGGGACACCUUUAGCACAUAAUAUUUAAAUAGUCUAUUGGUGUUUUUAACAGUUA